AGACAAUGACGAACUUCUAAAAAAAACUAUUUUUCUCUUCUUUUCUUUAUCUCCUUUUUUUUUUGUUUUCCCUCCUUUUUAAAACUAAUGGGUCUCCUUGACAAAUUAAAAACGCAGUACGAUUUACAUCAAGUGACUCAAUACACUAAACGUCGAGAAGCCUACUCUGACUUUGAGUUUAAAAACAAAGACUAUUAUAAAGCUGCUUAUCAAGAUGGUGUUUAUGCAGACAUCCAAAAAAGGCCUUCAAUCACUCGCAGAUCUUCAUCGAUGCUUUUGGUAGUUUCUGAUCUUAUCAAGAGAAAAACAAACAAAAAGAGACGAUCGCUGGCCACUGAAUUAAACAGGACAUCUGAAUCAUAUACCAUGAGUGCGUAAGUUGUACUCUUUAAAUACUGUUAACACUAUAAUAAAAAACGCCCCAAACUAAAAAAAAAAAAAAGGUU